UGUAGGUAGGCAGAGGUGGUCCUGCAGCCGCCCCACCGCAGCUCUUGUCAACUGAGAUCCUGAACUUGCUGCUAACAUCCUCCUCAGGAGAGGAGAAGAGAGGGAGCUGAGUUAGGGAAUGAUAGGAGGAGAGAAAGAAGUGAACAGAAUAGAGGAGUGAGGAAGGGGAGAGAAAGGGAGGGGUAUCUGCAAGAGAGAGGUUUUUCUUUUAUUACCUGAAGCUGUUGUCAGUUCUCUCGCUGUUGUUACGCACCAAGAAACUAUUGAAAGUGCAAGAUAACAGGAGCCGAGUUAAGGAAGAAACAGCCUCAAAGCUUAAAACUUCAUGCCAUCCCCUAACUGCUGGGGCAGAGGAAGAAAGGUUGAGUGGACCAGAGUAAGAUAUUAAUGAACGGAUGGACUCUGCUGGUAAGAUCGGCCAUCACACCAUGACAGCUGACAUGUCAGAAGCUGGGGAAUUGUCUCUGGAACCUCUAGUCACUUGCAAGCUAUGUCUCUGUGAACAUUCUCUUGAUAAGAUGACUACUCUUCAAGAAUGCAGCUGCAUCUUCUGUACAGCGUGCCUAAAGCAGUAUAUGCAGCUGGCAAUUCGAGAAGGCUGUGGUUCUCCCAUCACUUGUCCAGACAUGGUGUGCUUGAACCAUGGGACCCUACAAGAAGCAGAGAUUGCCUGUUUGGUACCUGUUGAUCAGUUUCAGUUAUACCAGCGACUGAAAUUUGAACGAGAAGUCCACUUGGACCCAUGCAGAACGUGGUGCCCUGCUGCUGACUGCCAGACCAUGUGCCACGUUGAACUGAGUGACUCAGGACAACCAGUGCCUGUGGAAUGCCCAGCUUGUCACCUGAAAUUCUGUUCAUCUUGCAAAGAAGUAUGGCACCCAGAGCGCUUGUGCCAGGACAACCAACCCAUUGUAAUACCAACCGAGCAGGGAGCACUUACCAGGACUGACACAGAGGCUCCAAUUAAACAGUGCCCAGUGUGCCGGAUCUAUAUUGAACGAAAUGAAGGCUGCGCUCAAAUGAUGUGUAAGAACUGCAAGCAUACAUUUUGCUGGUACUGCCUACAGAACUUGGAUAAUGAUAUCUUCUUAAGACAUUAUGACAAAGGCCCCUGCAGAAACAAACUGGGUCAUUCUCGAGCCUCGGUUAUGUGGAACAGAACACAGGUUGUGGGGAUCCUGGUGGGAUUGGGUAUCAUAGCGCUGGUGACUUCUCCCUUGCUGCUUGUGGCAUCUCCAUGCAUCAUCUGCUGUGUCUGCAAAUCGUGCAGGGGCAAAAAGAAAAAGCAUGACUCACCGACAACCUAAAACUCUGUGUCUGUUUCUGCCUCCGUCUAUACAGUAGAUGUAUGUAAGAAAGCACAAAGAUUGGAUUUUGGUGUCAUACCUACCAAAUAAUUCUCCCUCUAUUUGUCAACUUUGAGGAUAAGUGCCUAUUGUUUUCAGGCCACUGUAUUGCUUGCAGGUCACAGUUCAGGAAAUGACUGGGAGAUUGUAGUGUGUAUAUAUAAUUUUAAAAGGUCACUGUCAAGUAAUUCAGCCACAAAUAUGAUCCACCUUUAAAACUGUUAGAAUCUUAUAGAAAGAGGGAUCUUCCAGAACCUGGACAUGUAUUUAUUCUGCCAUAUUGUUCUUCUGCUUCUGCAGAACCAGUCAUGCAGCCAGUGGAGGGAGUACAGGUAAAUGAACAAGCCCACUUCUUAGUACUCUGCUGAUUAUAAAGUAAAAGAAGAAGAAGUAUGUUGCUAUUAUCUGCUGUGACCUAUUAAAAAUAACAAAUAUAUAUUUACAUAUAUUUGAUAAUUUCCCUUCAACCAGAUGCCACAGCAUUUUGUGUUGAAGGGGUAAGGUGGGGGAGCGGAAUACUAGAAAAAUAAUGAAGAGGAUAUUUACCAAGAAUGGAUUCUGGUAAUUAUCAUUUUGUAACUAUACCAUUGUGUUGAAUUGUAUGGAUUGUACUUCAGUGAACACACACACACUCACUUAUGCCACACCAGUGAUUUUUGGUGUAUUACACCAUUACCAGUGAUCUACACCACACUAUAAACUAUGUUUAAAUUAUAUUAUUUAGGUGUAUUACCUAACAACUGUGAAAAUACCAUGUGCAUCUCACAGUUGGCACAAAUAUAAAACCAGAUGGUAUAGCUAUUGCAAACUCUGAUCUUAAUUGGAUAUUCAUUACUAUGAAAAAUGGGGCCAAACUAGCUGCUGUUGAUGUCAGUGGUAUUUUUACUAUUGAUCUCAGUGGGAGCAGUAGCAACCCAUAAAAUAUUCUUUCCUGUAAAAAAAAAAAAUCUCAUUUGCCAAUGUCUCAAUGGGAAUCAUUGUCUUGUAUAUGCUGUGUUAAAAGGUGAUGCUACAAGUCAACAAUGCCACAUCUUUCUUGAAAUGUUAGGUUUAUAUACAUGACAUGGCUGCUACAUUCUUGGGCUGACCGUUCUACCUACUUGUGGCUCCAUUUCCCUCUGCCUUUUGUGAGUACCGUGGAUGUUGUAAACUUGUGGAAACAAAUCUAAUGUUUUAGUGAAGGCCAUGCUACAUCUCCCAUAGAAUGUGCAGUAAACCAUAUAAAACGCAUGUAUGUAUGUGUAUGGUGUGUAUGAUAGUACAUAAUAUUUAAUAUAUUUUGAGUGUAUAUAUACACACUCAGAGUUCUUUAUACAUUUUUAACAGUUUAUAAAGGGUAGCAACAAGAACCUUGUAAAAAUUACUCAGUACAGGUUAGAGAUGUGGCCAGCGCAUCCCAUCAAGCAACUUUUUUAGAACUGUGGCAACUAACACAAAUCCCUGGAUAAAAAUUAGCUGUAUUCAUUGGUAGUUAUUAUUUCUAUCCCCCAAAAGGGUAAAGAGCACUAUUAUUAAUGAUUUAUUGGUAGUUACUUUAUAUCUCUAAAAGGCUGUCAUUUAAUGCUCUAGUUUAAUUUGGUUCUUCACUGCAAGCAUGAUUCAGAUCCUGAUCUCAACUACACCAAUGUACAUUCAGAAUAACUCUUCUGAAGCUCAUGGACUUCACUCUGGAUUUGCAUGGGAAUAACUGAGAUCAAAUUCUGAUCCAUAGUGUUUAUACCACCAUUAGUUGGUGCUUACUUGUGUUCUGGGCUCCUGUUUGUACAUUUGAUAUUUGUGGGAAUUUACAUGAGUUUUCUCUACAAUCAGCAGUAAUUCCAACCCCAGUUGACAAGGGCUGUAAGGAGAAUGAAAUGUGAUGCAAAGUCAGAAAAAGAUAUCAGGCAUCCAGUCCUCUAGCCUACCCUCCCUCCCAGGCUACAAAGAGAAAACUAAAGUGAACAUCAAUUUUAUUUUGUUUGGCUAAGCCUCAGGAACUUUGCCUUCUUGGCAGCUGUAAAUGUGACCUUUUUGUUCAACUUCUCUCUCUGGCUGCUGAAACAGUAGUAAACAUCUUAUUUUAAGGAAGCAUAGUCUGCAGAGCAGACUAACAGGGACAAAGACCUUAAAUGAUAGUGUCAGCUGCUCUUUGAACAAAAUUAAUGUUGAAUGAAUUUGCUACCAGUAAUGACUGGAAGGUAGACAGUGUACUAGUCUGAAAGACUGUAUUUAUUCUCCAUCCAGAGCUUAGUCUAAGCGAAGCAGGAAGGUAGUCAGUACAUUCUAAAUAUAGAGUACAAUGCAAGCCAAUGUGAUUUAUGAUAAGCUGAGAGUAUUUUAUGUAUGUGUUUUCUUUAGGAGCGGUAAUGGUCGUGUUGGGGGUUACUCAUGACAAAUUAAAAUGUUCGGCCUUUGGCCUUGCACUGUUUUUCUACCUACACUUUUACAGCACCACUGUCAUUUCCAGUUUAUCCGUGAUCUUCUAGUAGAGAAACGCACUUGAACAAACUCCAAAGGACAAAUUGUUGGAGACCUGUAAAGUCUUUAAUCAUAAACAGUGCUAUGAUAUUCAAUAUCCCUCACCUAUUAAACCUCAUGGUGUUUUUCAUAUUUUGUAUGUAUUCAUUCUGUCCAAACAACUGUCCACGCAGUGGGGUUGGUACAAUUCUUCCCCUCUUGCUAUGCUGGAAGUCAGUGUUGCCUAACAAAUGAGGAAGUUCCUUUCUUAAUGAUAAACGUUUUGUCAUUAACGCUGCAGUUACAAAACAGGGGCUAAAUUCUGCUAUCAGUUGUAUAGUAACUGAGGGCAGAAUUUUGCCCAAUGUAUAUUGAUGGCUAUAAGGUAAUUGCAUUCCUCAAUUAUGUAACAGAAUGCAAAUUCUCUCCCCUUUCAGUGUUAUAGAAUUAUCUAAAUUUAAUGUGAAUCUCUGGUUAUAUAACAAACAUCAAAUUUUUAUAAAAUGGUUCAGAAUCUAAAAUUUGAUUUCCUUAUGAUGCAAAUUCAGAAUCCUAGUUUUGGUUAAUUGAAAUAAACACACACACAUGCCACAGCACUGAAAAAACAGAUGAUAGAAUAUCCUUUUACUUUGGGUCUAUUAUUUUAGAAUCAAGGUAGUUUAUUUCUGAAGCAAUAUUUUACACAAAACUCUAAUUACUCUAGAACAGCAUUUUAAAACUUAAAACUAUGAACCUUACCAGCCUGGUUUCCCUUAAAAAGGGUGUGUGUGCUGCAUCAGCCCAUCUUGGUUUUUGAAAGCAGUUUAUCUGAGGCUGUGGAACAACUUAAGCAUGAUUCUGCCAGCUGUUAGCCCAUGUGCUAACUUUGCUUGAGUAAAGUUACACGAAUGCUUAAGUACUGGUAGCAUUGGGGCUCUUUUGCUUGAUGUAGCUGUUGCUUAGUUAUUCUGCACACUGGCCCGAUAAUCAAGCAGUCACAGUGAAACUGUUCUGGGAUUUCAAAGAAAUAACUUUAGGCAGAAGAUUUUUAAAGUGUUUGUUUAUGAAUAAGCAUACACUAAAUGGCAAAUACAGCAAGUUAUAUAAACAAGAUAGUAGCGCCAAAAGUCCAAAGGGGUCUGGGACACAGGGUACAUACGACUUCUUUAAGUAAUGCCACCGUGAAUGUCUUACAACCUUUUACAACUCCAAAAACUCUCAAUGAGUGUUGGACAUUAGAAGCAGAUUUGAUUCAUACUAUGCCAGAAUUUACUUCUCCUAUUAUUGUCAAUCUACAGUUUUUCCCCGGUGCUUUUGAUCCUGUAGUGACUAACAUGAAGGCUAGCAUAUUCAGAGGCAUUAUGGAUUAGUAGACUGAGCCUGGGAUUUAUGGGAUGAGCUUUUCUUCAUUUAAAUCUCAACUCUAACACUGACUUGCUUUGUGGCCUUGGGAAAAUCAGUGUAGUUUACUGUGUAAUUUCACCUAAAAUUACUUGUCAGUUUUGAGAACGUAGGCCCUGGAGUUCGGUUUAAAUUUUGGUUGCUCAGCAUCUCUGAAAUUAGGCUCUAGAUGUCUGAAGAGCGGCAUCUAAAAUUAGAGGCCACUUUCAGAGAAUUGGCUCUUAACUUCAAUGGGCCAAAUCUUCAGCUCAUGUAAAUUUCAUAGUUCCACUGCAGUCAAUGGAGCUACGCUAAAUACACCAGAUGAGAAUCUGCCCCCGUGUCUCUCAGGUCCCAAUUAUAAAAUGAGGAUAAUGCCUGCUUACAAUAAGCACCAUUACACGAUAAAUAUUUACCAUGUUUAUGGUAUAAAUGCUUCUCUGCAGUAUCUAUUUUAACUUUAGAAGAUACAUAGUCAAUGCUGCAGUAACUGAUUAUUUUUAAUGGUGCAUGUUUUAUUUACCUCACAGAAGGGGAUGAGGAUUAACAGUAGUUAAUGUUAGUACAGUGCUUUGAGGAUGUUAAGUGCUAUGUACUACUGUUUGUCCAGGAACAUAACAUAAAAUAAGAAGUCCAAAGAAAAUCUAAAGUGUACAUAAUGUUUAUAUUAUUAAAUUAAAAUGAACGUUAAACCAUAUUUUCUUAUUGUAUGUGAAAAUAUGUAAAUUAGCAAAGAUCAGUUUCACCUCUCAGUUGUCACAAAGAGGUGGUGAUAAUAUGAACAUUUGGCUGAUGUAUUUGGGUAUCAGUGGGUGAUUGCAUGGUAAGUGUCUGCUACUUUUUUGUUAAGCUUGUGUUCCAGCUUCCAUUGUAGUCCUUCCUUUUCAGUUGCUCUUAUCUUUCUCAGACAGAUUUCUUUUUCGCAUUUUUCACACUUUGUUUGAGGCUAGAUAUUUUAGAACAAUAUAAGUGGAGCUGUUUAGCUACAUGAGGAUGAAAACCCCCAGCAUGUUAUCGUAAGUUAUAAUCAGAACUUCUAUAUUCAGGUAAUGAUUGAAGCUAGAAAUUUCAUACUUGGGUUGUUUUGUAAAUCUUAUUAAGAUUUAAAAUUUGGUAAUGGAAUGCAUAGACUAACUGCUGUGGUGGUGAUAUCAGGGCUAAAAGCCACUGGUGCUUAUGAGCUUCAGAUGAGAUACAGUUGUCUUUAGUCUUUGGGGAUUAUGAUGAAAAAAAUCCAGAUAGAUAGAUAUUCAUUUUAAAUACAUGCAAACAUGAUUAUAUUCCACUGCUGAACAUCCUAGGAUUCCAAUUCCCUAUAAAUGUACUUGGAGUCCUGGUACACUUACACAGAAGAUUGAAGUCUGAUCCUGCAUACACUCUCACAUGCAAGUGACAUUACUCACAAGUAGCAUUAUAAAAUACUUUAAUAACUCGGUGUCUUAUUAUAACUUUAAAAAUAAGCAGCUUGUAAAAGACAUAAAAAUACCUCUCUUGGAAGUGUCAUCUCUCACACCAUUCCAAACACUGCUGUAUGAUAAACUUACUGCUAAGAUUUUGGAGAACUUCAGUAUACAUUUAAUUUUUAAAUAACUCUAGUCCUUAAUCAACAAAAUAUUUAGGCAUAUGCUUAAGUGCUUUGCUGAAUAGGGAUAGACUGCUGAAUUGAGGCCUCUAAGAUUUAUUUAAAUUAUGGCAUGGAGCUCAGUUAUUCAUGAUGAACAUAAACUAAAGGUCUGAUUCCACAAACACUUACACUCAUAAUAAUCUCAUACAUACAUCAUACAGCAAGUUCCUUACUCUGAUCAUCAUGGGACAACUAUUUUAUUUUCUGUGUAAAUGGUCUUUAACUUGGGUACAUUUAGCAACAAGUUAAAAUACAGUAGCAUGUAAACAUGUUUUGUUUAGGACUGUCAAGCAAUUAAAAAAUUAAUCGCAAUUAAUCGCGCCAUUAAAAAAUUAAUUGAGAUUAAUCAUGCUGUUAAACAAUAAUAGAAUACCAUUUAUUUAAAUAUUUUUGGAUGUUUUC